AUGAUUGGCACAGGAAGUAAGGAGAUCUUUGAAGACCAUUCACAGUCAAGUAUUAAUGCGAAUGCAACUUUCAGUCUUCUCAACACCAUCCGGAAUCUUCGCUUCGACAGGCUCUGUUGGUGGGGCAUUCUAACAUUUGCUGGCUUAUCCGUUUUCCUCGAGUUCGGUCUCGCAAUCCCUCGUUCUGGCGGCGAGAAAAACUACCUCGAAAGAGUCUAUAAACAUCCUAAGUACCUGGCUACCUGCGUUCUUGCAUCGCAAAUGAUUCUCCUAGGAUUUUCGUCUGGCAAUUCUCUCGCAUUCGGCCGUUAUGUUCUUUUCGCAUCUGGCUCCACUGCUCCGGAUGGCUGGGCCGCUCGGGGUAUAGCUAUUGCUUGCGUUACAUUCUCUGUUGCCUUGCAUUCAUUGCUGCCAAAAUGGGGAAUCCGUUUGGUCAACGUUCUCGGGGUAUUCAAAGUUGUGAUUCUCCUUUUCAUCGUCUUCGCAGGCUUUGCUGCCCUUGCUGGUCAUCGUCUCGUUGACAAUCCCCACAACUUUGACAAUGCCUUCCGCAUCGAAGAGGGUGAUGGGUACGGAAAUGGUGGGGCAUACGGCUACGCAACUGCUCUUCUGCGCAUUGUUUACAGCUAUAAGGGUUGGGAGAAUGCCAACUAUGUUGUCGGGGAGCUGAAGAACCCACGGCGAACUCUUGCAGUCGCUGCACCCCUGGCGAUUGGUGGAGUGACUAUCCUAUACGUGUUGGCCAACGUUGCUUACUUUGCUGCGAUCCCGAAGUCCGAUCUAGCCAAGUCGGAAGUCAUCGUCGCUGGACUCUUCUUCCGCAAUGUGUUUGGUGCGAGCGCUGGUGCUCGUAGCUUGCCAGCUUUUGUUGCCCUGAGCAAUCUAGGAAACGUAUUGGCCGUCAGCUUUGCCCACGCACGACUGAACCAGGAGUUGGCAAAGGAAGGCCUGCUGCCGUUUAGCAGAUUUUGGGCAUCUAACAAACCUGCAAAUGCUCCGGCAGCCUCAUUGUUCCUUCACUGGAUCGUCACCGUGAUUGUUUUGGUGGCGCCUCCGGCAGGACCGGCAUAUAAUUUCAUUGUAGAUCUGUACACAUAUCCUGGAGCAUGGAUCAAUGCGUUUGUUGCUGCAGGUCUGAUUUACCUGCAUUACAGCAAAUCCGAAACCUGGACAUCGCCCUGGCAUACCUUCCUGCCAGUAGCGGUUCUCUAUCUGUUGGCCAAUGUCUUCCUCGCCAUUGUACCAUUUAUUCCACCCAAUGGAAAUUGGAAUGCGGAAGGCUAUCCCUAUUAUGUCUUCCCGGUUGUUGGAGUCGGUGUUCUCAUCCUUGGUGCGGUCUAUUGGACGUUCUGGACCAAGGUCUUCCCUGCGAUCGGCGGCUAUAAGAUCGUCGCGCAGCGGAUCGUGACAGAUGAUGGAGCAGAAGUAAUUCGGUAUAAGAAAGUCAGCACCAGAGGGCCUGAGCGAGUCGAGUGA